CCUUGAAAUUGUUCAUAUAAUUACACUGCAUUAGCUUCUAAAUUCCGAAGUGUAAGUGCUAGCAGUUAGUAAAUAUAGAAAACUAUGGUUCCUAGCGUUUUAAUUUUAUCUCUGCUACUUAGCAUACAACUAUCAUCACUAGUUGUAGCACUGACUCUUUAUGACUCAGAGAUCUGUAGUGUAUACAGUGCUGCCUAUGGAACUCCAAUUGACAUUCAUAUAACAUGCUCUGUCUACCAUUAUGAUUCGUUUUCCUGCCCGAACAAUACUUUCUUCCAUGAAUGGAAGGCAACGACAUGUAAUCAAAGGUAUCAUUCUCAAUGCCAACCACUCAAUUGCCAUGGUUUUGUUGGAAUGAACCUCACUUACAAGUGCUCUUUUGAAGGAGCUCGGCUAUACAGGUACAAGAAUGGCGAGUACCAGUAUUUGAAUGGGUCCUCGGUUAACUACGGUCUACUAUUGCCAGAACAUGCUGGGCUGUACGAGUGUCGCAACGGCACAACUGGUGCAGUACAUUCUCAGAACAUUACUGUUAAUGCCACUUGCUCUCUCUGUCUUUGUAUAGAAGAAAUUCGUAUUGGUUCAACCAACUGUGAAGAAUUUUCAUCGUGCAUUCAGCAGAAUAUGUGCUGCUCUAAUGGUGGCUUUUUAACUGCCUCAGAAUCUUAUAACUUUGCUGUGUAUGCAAACCCAGCAGACAAUGUGUCAGUGACUAUUGAGCAAAUUGAAUGGUUGGCAGAUAACGAGGCUCGGAGUGAUGUUGAUCUUGGACAGUACACACAGCAAAACAAAACUAAUCCUACGAUAUGGAAAGCUGGUUUCCGUUAUAUGCCAUAUAAAGUGACAAACAAGGAUUCGAACAUCAUAAUUUUCAUUACUGCCAGCACAGACAACUACUCUUAUUCUGUUUCGGUUAUACUACAUCUUUCGGCUAUAAAAACAGAUUUCAAAAUUGAAAAUACAAGUCUACCUCUGAAUACAACGGUGUCUGCAGGGCAAGAUGCAAUCUUUCAAUGUACAUACACUUAUGCUAGCAUUCAAGAUGCUAGUGCUUUUCUGAUCAAAAUUGAUUAUUCAAUAUCAGCUGUUUUUGGAAAUACGACAACAAUUGAGACCUGCUCUAUGUACCUUUCUUUAUCAACACCAUACAACUACACCAGUGAUAAUUGUACAAUGCCUCCUGUGAAGAAAGUAGUCACUGUGAGUAACAGUAUAUCAUCUGUUGUGGAGUACACACUUCGUAUACCAAAAGUGACUGCUGAUCUCUCUGGAAGUAUUGUAUCCUGCUCAGUUGUUGAGUUCCUUAACAACGAUCGUCUUCAAUGGAGGACGUCUGCCCACCUAACUGUAAUCGACCCAGUAACUGAAGUAUCCACAUCUGGUUCAAAGUUUGCAGCUUUUGUAGUAAUUAUUUUACCAGUCAUUGUUGUUGUUGUUUUUCUAGUACAAAAGUGUAGACAAAGACGUGUCCUCAAUCAGAAUGGAGAUUCAUUUCGAUAUGCUCACUUACAUCCGUCACAGUCCACACUCGGUAACACAGAGCCAGAUGGAACAUUGUGUGUCCAGAUAAUAUAUGAAAUUAAUGAUGCGCAAAGAAAUGGACUUGUGCUGGGAGAACAAGUACCCAGAAAUGGCAUAAACAAUAAUGGUUGGACAGGAGUGCUCAAAGACUAAUUAUUGGUUUUACUGAUGGCAGCCGAACUAUAAUAUAUAAACUUUUUUUACGCUUGUUAUGAUGUUUUUCCCACCUUAAAUAACGUAAUAUUGUAUAUAUAUAUA